CAUAGCAGGAGAUUGAAGUUGACCCCAACAGCGAGGGCAAUUGCCAUGACCCAACCACCGAUCACCAGCACCGUUCCGGCCGCUGCCAUCACGCCCAAGGCAUGCGCGCACCCGCCGCCGCCACCGCACGUACAAAUCAAUCCCUCCAUCAUCCUCUCGCGCCAAUUCGAGCCCGCCAUCCUCCCACCUGACCGUCGUGACAGUACCCAUGGGGCCUGCGUCCUGGCCGCCGUCGUCGCCCGCCGCCGUGAAGGCGGAGGCGAUAGUGAUCUGCGUGCUGCUGCUCCUGCCGGCCGCCGCGGUCGCGCAGCAGGCGCCCGCGGAGGCCGCGGCGGCGAUCGACGCGGAAGGAGACGGCAACGGCACCGCUCGCGGCGGCGGGCGAGGCGGCGGUGGUGGUGGCGGCGGCGGCGCGCGGAGUAAGCUGGUGAGCAGCAUCGACUGCCAGAUCUGCGAGGCGACGUGCCGCGUCAAGUGCCUUAUCAACAACCUCUUCCAGUGGGGCGGCUGCUACCAGCGGUGCAAGGCCGACAACUGCAACGACUGGUGCAGGUAGCGGGUCGGAAAUGAAGCCAGCAGCUGCUGCUGCUGCCCGCGUGCUCACGUCCAUGGACAGGGUGCACGUACGUGCCUUGAGGACACUCUUCGACGGUGGUCGAUGGGGUUAGUUGAUCGGACGGUUCAGGCCAUGCCACGUCGUACCCAACCUUCUUCUGCAAUCUAGAUCCACAGUACAUAGUAUAUACAUACAGUCAUACACGUAUAAACGUGCCGCUGGGCACUCAUCUACAUGUAUUUUAUUAUUAUCCAGAAUUUGUAUUUGUACUGCUAUUUUUGAAUAACCGUACCAUACCGGUCCAGAA